AUGAACAGUACUGCCACGGGUCUUCUGUGGGCUGGCUCGGAAUUUUGUUCUGAACCUAAUGGUGGCCUUGGUUUCGUGCAACGCUCGAAGAAAUUAGAGGAUACAAUGGAGAGGUUUUCUCUAGGUGAAAUAAAAAUCCUUAUUAGCACAAGUAUAGUAGAAAGUGGACUUGAUAUUCAAAAUGCAAACACCAUCAUCGUUCAAGAUGUUCAACAAUUUGGCCUUGCACAGUUGUACCAGUUACGGGGAAGGGUUGGACGGGCAGAUAAGGAAGCACACGCACACUUAUUUUACCUUGAUAAAAUUAUGCUCUCUGAUCAAGCAUUGGAGAGGCUUGCAGCUCUUGAAGAAUGCCGUGAACUUGGUCAAGGCUUCCAACUAGCUGAGAGAGACAUGAGUAUAAGAGGUUUUGGUACAAUUUUUGGCGAACAACAAACAGGAGAUGUAGGAAAUGUUGGCAUUGAUCUGUUCUUUGAGAUGCUCUUUGAGAGUUUGUCCAAGGUUGAAGAUCACCGUGUAGUUCCAGUUCCUUAUCACUCAGUGCAGGUUGACAUAAACAUCAAUCCUCAUCUUCCUUCUGACUACAUAAAUUAUCUGGAGAACCCUAUGGAAAUAAUAAAUGAAGCUGAGAGAGUUGCUGAGAAAGACAUCUGGAGUCUGAUGCAAUUUACAGAGAAUUUGCGCCGCCAUUAUGGCAAAGAGCCUUGCUCCAUGGAGAUUUUAUUAAAAAAGCUUUAUGUAAGGAGAAUGGCUGCUGAUAUAGGGGUAACCAGAAUUUACUCUUCAGGGAAGAUGGUCUUUAUGAAAACAAACAUAAGUAAAAAGGUAUUCAAGAUAAUGACAGAGUCGACGACAUCAGAUAUACAUAGAAAUUCAUUGGUCCUUGAAGGGGACCAAAUUAAGGCUGAACUUCUAUUAGAGCUACCAAAAGAACAACUUCUUAAUUGGAUCUUUCAAUGCUUGGCUGAACUUCAUGCUUCACUACCAACCCUCAUAAAGUACUAGGUUCUUUACCUGAUCAAUUCAACCAUUAUGCAAGUUGGAAACUUGACUUACUGAUUACUUCACAAAUAUAUAAACUUGGGCAUGGAUUUACUGUGUCGAAAGGCCGGGAACUAACCAUGGUGGAUGCAAGACAAGAUUGUAUUGCAUGACUGACUUGGCAAUACAGGUUAUCAGAGAGAACAAAUUCAGGCUAUCAAUUGAAUAGUGACAGUGCACUUCAUUUUACCAUGAUAAUAUAAGAAAAGCCAGAUCAGUGAAGUUAGUUACAAGCACCUUGGUGUUUGUCCAAAUUGUACUCCUGAUUUGCAUGCAGUAUGCAGGACAUGAGCAUAAAAUAUAAGGCAGCAACAGCUAGACACCUGAUCAGCUUCAAUAUUGCACUCAUAAAAGAACUUCACUUUCAAAAGCUACAUAUGAGAUCAUCUAGAGUUCUCAAACAGUCAACAUUUGAUCAAAAUAUCCAAGAUUCACAUUUUGUAUACAUGAAGGAGUAAAGCAUUCUGCUACCACACUCUCUUUUCCCUUUUUUCUUUUCUUGUCUCUUAAGCUUUCGUUGAAGUUACCUGAUAUGGAGAAAUUCAAUGUAAAGAAUCAGAGCCUCACGCUGGCUAAUACUUUCUAAGAAAAUCUGGUGAAUGGUGCAUCUUAUUUUAUUUUUUUUGCAGAUUAUUA